GGAGGUGGGGGAUUGGGUGUAAUGUAUUUGAAGGUGACGCCUUAAAAAUAAAAGAGGUGAGGGGGAGAGAAGUGGCUCAGCCAUAUCAAAUCAGACACCGUCUCCUCCCUUCUUCGUUCUCUCUUUCUUUCUCUUCUUUUUUCCCUGGGUUUUCUGGGGUUUCUGAUGAACAUCGGCGUUUCACCUUUGUAAUGCAUUCGGUUGUUGAGGAGGGUCUAUACCUGCUUCUUUGUGUGUUCUUCUUGGUGGGUACCUGUGUUUUGGCUCUCGGUAGGGGGGUUUUUGGUGGGAACCAGUGCAGAUUCUUCUCCCCAGCGGAUCUUCAACUAUACCCAUGCCGACCCUCGUCAACUACGCUGGAGAUGAGGAUUUCUGCUCUGGGGGUUCUUUAUAUGCGAAUCCUAUGGAUUCAAGUCUGCUGUUGUCUCUUGGUCCUCAUGUGGACGUCUACUGCCCUCCUCGCAAGAGGUCUCGUAUCAGUGCGCCCUUUGUUUUCAGAUGUGAUAAGUUUGAGCAGCAGAAGCAGUCCUCUAUUGAAGUUCUUCCGGAUGAAUGCCUCUUUGAGAUCUUCAGAAGGUUGCCUGGAGGGCAAGAGAGGAGUGCCUGUGCUUCUGUGUCAAAGCGCUGGCUUGUUCUUCUGAGCAGCAUCCGGAGGACUGAAAUCUGUACCAGUAAAACUACACAAUCUGCAAAACCUGAAGCAGGGUUGGUUCCAGAUAUGGGAGACGAGUCUUCAAAGCUUGAUAAGGAGGACUCUCUUCCUGUUUCCAAUGAGAAUGGUGUGGCCUCUGUCGAUGUAGAUUUGGAACUUGAGAGUGAGGGACACCUCACCAGGUGUUUGGAAGGGAAAAAGGCCACUGAUAUCAGGCUUGCUGCCAUUGCUGUUGGAACUGGUAGCCGCGGUGGGCUUGGUAAGCUUUUGAUCCGAGGAAGCAACAGUAUUCGUGGAGUCACUGAUUUUGGCCUUUCAGCCAUUGCUCGUGGUUGCCCUUCACUCAAGGCUCUAUCCCUGUGGAAUGUCUCCUCCAUUGGGGAUGCAGGUCUAUCUGAGAUUGCUAGUGGAUGCCACAUGUUAGAGAAGCUCGAUCUCUGUCAAUUGCCCUCGAUAUCUGACAAGGGUUUGAUGGCAAUUGCCGAGAACUGCCCCAAUUUGAUUUCCUUAACAAUAGAGUCUUGUUCAAAAGUCGGAAAUGAGAGCCUCCAAGCAAUUGGUCGAUGCUGCCCAAAUCUGCAGUCCAUUUCAAUCAAGGACUGCCCACUUGUGGGGGAUCAAGGAGUUGCUAGCUUGUUAUCUUCAGUUUCUUAUGUUUUGACAAAAGUAAAGCUCCAGGGUUUGAACAUCUCUGAUGUCUCUCUUGCUGUUGUGGGCCACUAUGGCAAGGCUGUUACUGAACUAGUCCUCACUGGCCUACAGAAUGUGAGUGAGAGGGGCUUUUGGGUCAUGGGUAAUACUCAUGGUCUGCAAAAGCUGAAGUCUAUUACAAUUACCUCUUGCCGGGGGGUAACAGAUCUAGGUCUUGAAGCUGUUGGCAAGGGUUGCCCUAACCUGAGGCAGCUGAUUCUUCAGAAGUGCUUGUUUUUAUCUGACAAUGGGUUGAUAGCUUUUGCCAGAAAUGCAGCAUCUCUGGAGAGUCUGCAGCUGGAGGAGUGCAAUAGGAUCACCCAAUCUGGAGUUCUUGGUGCCCUCUCAAACUGUGGAGCAAAGUUAAAGGCACUUAGUUUGGUAAAGUGCAUGGGUAUUAAGGACGUAGUCUUGGGAUUGCCACAGCUCUCUCCCUGCAAUUCCCUACGAUCUUUUUCUGUUCGUCACUGCCCAGGAUUUGGUAGUUCUAGCUUGGCUAUGGUGGGGAAGUUGUGUCCACAGCUGCAGUACGUAGACCUGAGUGGACUUUGUGGGAUCACAGAUGCUGGAAUUCUCCCACUUAUUGAGAACUCUGAGCUGGGUCUAGUGAAAGUUAACCUUAGUGGUUGCAUGAAUUUGACAGAUGUGGUUGUUACAACCAUGGCUAGGCUUCAUGGUGAAACACUUCAGCUGCUGAAUCUUGAUGGUUGCAGGAAGAUCACUGAUGCUAGCUUGAUGGCAAUUGCAAGCAACUGCUUGGUGCUUCGUGACCUUGACAUUUCUAAAUGUGCAAUCACUGACUUUGGCAUUGUUGCUCUGUCUUCUACAAAGCAGCUCGACUUGCAAAUACUUUCUCUGUCAGGUUGCUUACAUGUAUCUGACAAGAGCAUGCCAUUUCUUAAAAACAUGGGCCAGAAUCUGGUGGGCUUGAAUCUCCAGCGAUGCAAUUCAAUCAGCAGCAGCACCAUCGAAAUACUUGUGGAACAUCUAUGGAGAUGCGACAUCCUUUUCUAGGUAUGAAGGAAGUAGAACACCCCAUCGCAGAGUUAAAAACACAGUUGUGGAGGAUGGGGUCAAUUGCAUCUUGAUGUUCCAGAUUUCCAGCACCACUUGCAGAUAGUAGCAGCAGCCAUACAUUCAGCUUUUCCACGUAGUUUUUGGGCCGUAAGCAGCAGGCCUUCUGGUAUAGUGGGGACUCGGUUGUUUCCCAGGGACAAUGGCCAAUCACCCUCUCCCCUGUUUUUUGCAGUUUUCCUGUUCAUAGGAAAUCUGUUCCAACACUUAAUCCCUGGUCAUGAAUCCCUGACAAUAACAGUUACCGGGUCCUCUGGUUAGGAUUUCUGAUUUCACUUUAGUAGUUGGUUUCUUUGGUUUGAGUCAUGGUUUUGUGUUGCUGGGUGAUGUCACCUGGUGUUUUAGCGUUAGCCGGCGUUCUUGGUCAUGCUGGUGUGCGUGGGCUAAGCUUUCUCUGUUCAGGUCUUUCCAAGUCUGUUUUCGAGUCUGUCCACGUUGGUUUUACCGAGUCUGCCAUGUGUUUGAACCAAGUGUUCUACGUGAUGGUUGGGUCUCUGUUUUCCUUUAGGAUGGGUCGGUCAUGUUCUUGUGGUUGUAGUUGCUUUUGGCAGUUCUGGGUUUAGCGCCUGAGAUUCGUGGGCUUUGGCCUUGGCAGCAGCUUCUUUCGGUCUGCUAUGAUAACCCUUCAGUGGGUUGUUUUUUUUCCCCAAGCCCUAGUUUUGCAGGCCCCCCUUGUUGUGGACUUGUACUAUGCAACUUCAUUAUGUAAAAUGGAAUGAAUAUUUGCUCUUCUUGUGUUGUA